GCCAACUUGGUCGUCGGCCGGCCUCUGCAAAUGCUUCCCCGCUCGGUCGCCCCUUCCCGGGCCAUCGUCAUCGGCGGCGGCGUUGCUGGCGUGAGCAUCGCCCGCGAGCUCGCCCGCAAGGGCGUCGGCGUGACGCUCCUCGAAAAGGCGGGCCAGCUCUGCGCCGGGGCGACGUGGCACGCGGCCGGCCUCGUGACCCGCUUCGGCGGCUCCCCAAAGAUAAAAAAGGUGCACGUCCGCGCGCUCCGCGAGAUGACCGCGCUGCACGAGGCGCACGACAUUGGCCUCCACAUCACCGGCUCCAUCCGCCUGAUUGAAAAGGGCAACCCGGACCGGCUCACAGAGGCCAAGCAGCACGUGGCGAUGGCGGCGCUGUACGACGACCCCGGCCUGCCGACGACGCUAAUCACGCCCGAGGAGGUUGCCGCUCUGCACCCGCUCGUCGACACCUCCGGCGUCGAUGCUGGCGUCUUCACGCCGCGGGACGGCGAUGUCGACCCGACGCUCCUCACCACCUGCGUCGCCGGCCUGGCAAAGGCUGACGGUGCGGAGUUCGUCCACAACGCAGAGGUGGAGACGAUCGAGCGGCGGAGCGACGGCACGUUUGAGGUGCGUACGGGCGCCGGCGCGGUGUUCGAGGCGGACGCGGUCGUGAAUGCCGCCGGGCUCUGGUCGCGCCGCUUCUCGCGCCAGCUGGGCCUCGAGCAGACGCACCCCGCGUUUGUGAUCGAGCACCAGUACGCCAUCACCGAGACCAUCCCUGCGCUCAAGGGGAAGGUGGGCGACGGCGAGCGCGUGCCCGUGCUACGAGACCUCGCUGGCUCCUCCUACAUCCGGCAGGAGCGCGACGGGCUGCUCGUCGGCCCAUAUGAAGGCCUCCUCUCUCCGGGCGAGCAGACUAAGGUGCGGACCGAGUGGGCCGAGGGGCCGCCCUCGCACUUCGCCUUCGACCUCUUCCCGCCAUCCCUCGACCGGCUCGAGGGCUGCUUGCUCUCGGCCAUGUCGGUCGUGCCCGCACUCGGCGAGGUCGGCUUCAAGUCCAUCGUCAACGGGCCAACCAUCUGGACGGGCGACUCGCUCGCGCGGUGUGGGCGGACGCGGCUGCCCGGCUACUACGACUUCAACUCGCUGACGUACGGCGUCGCGCAGUCGCUCGCCCUCGCCGAGUACCUCGGCCACAUCAUCACCGAAGGCGAGCAGCCGUACGACAUGGCGACUGAGUUCGACCCGCUCCGGUACGGGGGCUGGGCGACGCCCGAGUACACGGCCGCGAAGGCGAUCUCGUACCCGCACGAGAGUCGCCCCGCCGGCCGCGACGUUGUCGCAAAGUCGGAUGCCCACCGCGCGCUGCAAGCCACCCUCGCGGCGCACGGCGCUGUCUUCAGCUUCUCGAACGCGGGCGUGGAGGCGCAGCACCUGCUCCGCGCGGUCGGGCUAGGCUUCGCCUCCUUCUCCAAGUUGCGCGUGCGCUCGGGCGCCUCCGACGCCGCGUCGCGCCUACUUGAGCGCGUGACGACAAACAGCCUGCCCAAGCGUGCGGGCCGCACCCGCCUCACCUACGCCCCAACCUCCGCCGGCAACAUCCUCGCCGAGUUCACCGUCACGCGGACCGGCACCGACGGCAACGGCAGCCACGACUUUUACCUGUGCGCGUCGCGCGACUACGCGCAGCACGACCUGGCGUGGCUCGAGCAGCAACGCGCGCUGCUCGAGGAGGCGGGGCUCGUCGAGGCUGGCGCUGUCGAGCUCGUCGACUGCACCGACGAGGUCGAGAUCCUGCACGUCGCGGGCCCGUCGGCGCAGGCGCUCACGCCUGAUGUUCAACAAGCGCUCAUGCACGCGCUCUGCCCGGAGGCGGCCUCGGUGCCCUUCCUGCAGAUGCGCAACUUGCGCGUCUGCGGCGUGGAGGCGGCCGUCUUCCGCAUCUCCUUCACCGGCGAGGCGGGGUACGAGCUGCACGUGUCCGCCGAGGACGCGGCGCCCCUCUUCGACCAGAUCCUGCGCAGCGACAAGGCGCGCGCACUCGGAUGCCGCCCCUUUGGCUCCGCGGCGGUCAACGCGCUCCGCGUCGAGAAGGGUUUCAAGGUCAAAGCAGACCUCGACUUUGCGCACUGGAGCGAGGCGCGCGCGGGCGUCGACGCUUUCAUCCCCGACGCGCGCAAGCACGAGGUGCUUCCCUUCCUCGGCAAGGACGCGCCGGCGCCGCUCGGGUCCGAGCAGGGCGGCCGCCUCGCCGCCAUCUUCGAUAACUCGUCGAUCAACCUCAGGCGCACGCCUGGUCCCCCCAUCCGCGACGCGACCGGCCGCGUGGUCGGCUUCACGACGACCAGCGCGCGCGGCGCCAUCACCGGCCGCACCAUCGCGCUGGGGUACGUCAAGCGAGGCGAGAGCGGCGCGCCACUCGCGCUCGCGGGCGACGCAGGCCUCACGCUGGAGAGCCUCGGCCAGAUCUGGCCGGUCGAGCUGCUCUCUCGCCCGCCCGUCGAGGUCGGGGGGAAGCCGAGGCCCGCCGAGGCCGAGCCGAUCGCGGCCAGCGGCUGA